AUGUGCUUACCAGAAGUUGAUUGCAGUGGCGUGAAAGUUCAAAAGAACCGACUGACUGUAAUGCUAUGCGUAAAUAUGUCUGGGGAUUUUGAAUAUCCACUAUUAAUUGGAACCGCGAAAAACCCUCACUGUUUCAAAGGAGUAAAUAUUAAAUCAUUGAAAUUUAAAUGGGAGCACAAUAAGAAGGCGUGGAUGACACAAGUCAUCAUGAAUGAUUUUUUAAUAAAUUUCGAUGAAAAAAUGCGGAACAAUGGACGAAAAGUUAUUUUAUUCAUGGACAAUGCAGGACCUCACCCAGACAAUUUACAACUGACAAAUGUAAAAAUUAUCUUUUUGCCACCCAACACGACUAGUGUGUCUCAGCCACUUGACCAAGGAAUUAUUAAAAACUUUAAGGUCAAUUAUAGACGUCGCGUAUUAAAACACCUUUUAAAAUCCAUUGAUGACAACAUACAAGAUAGUAAACCAUCUAAAAUAACAGUGUUAGAUGCGAUUCAAUGGAUUAUUUCAUCCGUAAAAGAGAUAAAAAAAGAAACGGUGCAAAAUUGUUUCAUCAAGUGUGGAUUUUCUACAGAAGUAAUGCUGAACACAGCAGUUGAAGCCGAAUUUGCAGAGAGAGAAGACUUAGAACGACUUUUACAACCAUAUGGAGUUAACGUUGAAAGUUAUGUGUCAGUAGACCAUAGUGUUCCAACAGAAGACAGAACUAUCGAUAUACCUGAUUUGAUACAGGACGCACUAGACGAAGAUGAUGCUGCAGAUGUAUCGCUUGUUGACCAAAACGUUAACGAAAUCGAAGAGCCAUCCAUACCAUAUGUUAAUUUGAAACUGGCAUUUGAUUAUUUGAAUGGUCUGAGACAUUCUUAA